AUGGCCUCCACUCCGUCCACGAUGACCCCCGUCCUCCUCCUCAAGACCAAGUCAACCCCCGGCGACUCAUACGAGGACCUCUUUUCGGAAUUUCAGCACAAUGGAGUUUCAUUUACACCGACGUUUGUCCCAGUGCUUCUGCAUUGCUUCGACGAUGAGGGCAUGUCCAAAGUUGCCGGCUUGCUCCGAGACCGUCGCAUUGGAAACGGCGAAGAUGAUGAAUAUGGCGGCAUGAUUUUCACCUCGCAGCGCGCUGUGGAGGCCUUUGUCAAGCUUGUUAAAGACGGAAAACGGGACGCUGAAGCUGCGAAUGAUGCCGAUGCCGCCAACUGGCCUCACCUUCAAGACAUUCCCGUCUACAGCGUCGGUCCUGCAACGACCCGCGCCCUCGCUGCGGUGCCACAGAGUCCGCCCCUAAAGGUCUUCGGCAGCCACACCGGCAACGGCGCUGCACUUGCUUCAUACAUCCUCCCCCACUACGCCGAGUGGUACUCGAAUCGGCCGGCCAAGCCUCCGGUGCUCUUCCUGGUCGGCGAGACCCGUCGAGACAUCAUCCCCAAAACCCUCACUGACCCGGCACUCCCCGACCCGGAGCGCAUCCCCGUCACCGAGACCGUUGUCUACGGCACGGGCGUCAUGCAGUCCUUCCCUGCUGACCUCGCCCGCAUCCUCGAAGACACUCGUGACGUCCGCACCCGCUGGAUCGUCGUCUUCUCGCCUACCGGCUGCGAUAACCUGCUCCGUGGUAUGGGCGUGCUGGACCUGGAAACGGGCAAGGUGCGACCCGACGCCCGCGAUGGAAAGACGUUUGUUGCGACCAUUGGGCCGACGACAAGGGACCAUCUCCGCACGCUUGGCUUUGAGCCCGAUGUAUGCGCCGAGACUCCCACUCCCGCGGGCGUGAUGAACGGUAUUGUAGAGUACAUGGCGAACCAAAUAUGA